AACUUUUACGAUGCUUUAAUUUGUUACAAAUUAGACAAUAUUUAUUUUUCAGUGAGUGUAUACGCUUUAUUGUGUAAUAAAACAAUGUCUAACGCCUCGAAUAUAGCGAAAAUUUCGGUCCUGAAAUUCGACAGUACCGAGCAGUUCCUGUACGAUUUGGACAAAAACAAGGACCUCCAGGACAUAAUAAUCGAAUUGUGCGAUAUCAGCGGCGUGCCAAUAUCUAAAGCUUACGGUCUCAAAAUCAUCGACAUACACAAUUCAUUGAUAGAAACAUACCUGACGGAGAAGAACUUCCAAACCAUCAAGCACAACGAUUGUUUAAAAAUCGUAUUUUCCAUUGAGCAUUUAUUGAAUAACAUUGUAAAUUGCAUCAAUGAUCCUCAGCCCGAAACGAGGUCUUUUGGGUUCGAUACCCUAGCAAAAUUAGCCUUCGAUCCGGCUUUUAUAGACGAACUAGUAAGAAGCGGAAAACACCACGUUUUAUUGAACGUAUACGAAAAAAACGACGACCUAAAAGACAAGGAACUCGUACCACUAUUAGCAACAAUAUGCCAUUUAUUCCAAAAAGGUUUAACCGAAAACAUGUCGGUGGAAUUACUCCAAAAAACCAUCCGAAUAGUCAAAAACCACGACAAACACACCACAGUCGACCACGUCCUGUACGCCCUAUCGAUUCUACAGAAAAUCCUAACCAGCAAAAACCAGGAUUUCCUCCCUUGGAAAGAAACCGUCAUCAAAGACAUCCCCAUAACCUGCUUGAUCCCGUACAUACGGCUGGAAGACGGCAAGAAACUCCACUACGGCGUCCUCCUCCUCAUCAACACCAUCAUCAAAAGCUGCAAAGGCGAGCAGAAGAAGAUCCUCAUCAAGGAAAUGAACCUCGCCCAAAACCGAGAGGACAUUUACAAAUUCGUAAUCGCCCCCGGCAACUUGGACAAGAAGACAGAGCACGAGCUGUACGUCGUACAAACUUACAUAUUAAGUUUGUACGAAGAGGCCUUGAACACCGCGAUGAAUUUGAACGACAACAGCACGUUUAAGCGGGAGGAAUUCGAGUUGCCCGAAAACGAUGUGAGACGGUUAACAGUGCUGUUGGAUUUCGAUGAAAUCGGCAACGAAACGAGGACGAGUUCCUUCGAGAAUUUGCUCACCUUCCAGCAGGCCGAAAGAUUGUCCCUGGCGUCGGUCGCGAGCGACAGAAGCCAGAACUCGAGGAAAUCUUCCACCGUGUGCAGCCCCAGGUCUCAGCUAUCCAAUUUCAAUUACGACAUCGACAGCGGUAGUAUUAGUUACCUAACGUUAGAAGCAUUAAGACACUACAAAAGCAACCACAAAAAGAACUUUUGCCAAUCGCAAAUCGAGGAAAGAGUGUACGAGCCCGGUAUAUUCGUAACAAGCGAGAGGGUGGUGAAAAUGCUGGGUGAGAUCCUGCACAUCGGCGUGGACCCGCCGGACGGGAAGAGCGUCUCCUACCAGCCGAUAGUGUUCCAAACGUCGCCGAAAAUGCCCUUCUUCCUGGAGCUGUUCUCGCGGUGCAUGUGGCUGUUGUCGCGGACGCGGCGCGAAAUGAAAGUCUCCACGAUCGAGGAUUACCCGAAACUGAUGCGCGCAUUGAGGAAGCAAAUUAAAAUGGUUCUGAUUAGGAGGCCGGUGAAUUUCAAAAGCCUGACGAACGACAUGAGCGAGGUGACGUUCGAUGCUGUGCUGAGGCAGUGGCAGAUGGAGAAAGACGAGGAAAUGAGGCAACUCAUCAACAACCAUCCUUGUAUUCAACAGUUGAAGGAGACCUAUCAAAGGCAAAACGAGCCUUUUCUUAGAGAGAAUAGGAUGAAUGUGUUGAAGAAAGGGGAGUAUUUUCCUAAAAUCGUUGAUAAGAAACGUAACGGGACGAUAUUCGUUCAAUUGAGCAAAAACGAAAGGGAAUUGUACAUAUCGAAUAUAAUAACAAACGGUAAAACCAAAACGACGAUAUUGAUGGAUACAAUUAAAACAGCCGAUAUUACUCACAUAUCCACAGGAAUUAAUUGUAAACACGCCAAUUUAUGUAAAGACAUUUCGUUGGUAUUUUCAAUCAUCAUAAACAACGAAAACCAGAUCAAUUUCAUCGCAGAAGACGAAAAAACCGCUUCGUUUUGGAUAGACGCCUUCAACAUAAUCACAGGAAACUCGAAAAGAAGCUCGCGCUACACCAACGAACUCGACGCUCUGGUGGAAAUGGACCUAAAAUUACAGCUGAUAGAACUCCAAAACAUCACCAUACCGAAAAAUCCGCCGCCGGUGCCGCCCGUUCCGAAGCCCGUCGUACCGCCCAAGCCGGCACCGGCCAACAGAAGAGGACAAUCCGGGCCCUAUUAA